AUGCCUCGAGCUAUUCGAGGCGUUCUCGUGGAGUGCGACCCCUCGAUCAAAUCUAUCAUUGUCAAGAUAGACAGCGAGGAACACGCCUAUAUCGUAGAGGAGUUAGAUGAUCAGACACUCGUCAUCAAGGAGAACAUGAUGUCCAUGUUAAAGGCGCGGCUAGAGGAUGCUCUCAAAGAAACGCAACAGCCAGCGGAUGAUUCUGGGUCAGACUAG